UGCUUCUUGUGCCGGGAAAAGGGCCACAGCGUCAAGAACUGCCCCAAGUCUGUGGAAACUCCAGUCGGCGUGUGCUACCGCUGCGGGUCCGGCGAUCACACCACCAAGGACUGCAAGAAAAAGGGCAAUUCGUUUUCCUUUGCCACGUGCUUUGUGUGUGGCGGCCAGGGUCACCUGGCGUCGGCCUGCCAGAAGAACGAGAAGGGCUUGUACCCUAACGGCGGCUCCUGCAAGUACUGCGGAUCCACACAGCAUCUGGUCAAGGAUUGC